CGCUGCGAAACUUCACCUACUCUUAUCGCCUUUUUCCACUCUUCCCUCUCACCUUUUUUCCUCACAGAGUCCGAUAUUUAGGGACAUAUUUCUUUGUUUUUCACCUCUACAAUCAUGUCGGACGAGGUUUACGAUGGUGCCAUUGGCAUCGACUUGGGUACCACCUACUCUUGCGUUGCCAACUACGAAGGUAACAAUGUCGAAAUCAUUGCCAACGAGCAAGGUUCCUUCACAACCCCAUCCUUCGUUUCCUUCACCGAUGAGGAACGACUUAUUGGUGAGGCCGCAAAGAACCAGGCCGCCAUGAACCCUGCCAAUACUGUCUUUGAUGUCAAGCGAUUGAUCGGACGACGAUUCGAUGACCCUACAGUUAAGAAGGACAUCGAAUCAUGGCCAUUCAAGGUCAUUGACCAGGGUGGAAACCCCAUGGUCCAGGUCGAGUACCUGAAGGAGACCAAGACUUUCUCUCCCCAGGAAAUCUCGUCCAUGGUCCUCAUGAAGAUGAAGGAGGUUGCCGAGGUCAAGCUCGGCAAGAAGGUCCAAAAGGCCGUCGUCACCGUCCCAGCCUACUUCAACGACAACCAGAGACAGGCUACCAAGGACGCCGGUGCCAUCGCUGGUCUCAAUGUUCUCCGUAUCAUCAACGAACCCACCGCUGCCGCCAUUGCUUACGGCCUUGGAUCCGGCAAGACCGACAAGGAGCGAAACGUCCUGAUCUACGAUCUCGGUGGUGGUACUUUCGAUGUGUCUCUACUGAACAUCCAGGGCGGUGUUUUCACUGUCAAGGCCACUGCCGGUGACACUCAUUUGGGUGGUCAAGAUUUCGAUACCAACCUCCUCGACCACUUCAAGAAGGAGUUCCAACGAAAGACCAAGAAGGAUCUCUCUGGUGACGCCCGAGCUCUCCGAAGACUCCGUACCGCUUGCGAGCGUGCCAAGAGAACCCUGUCCAACGGCACCCAGACCACCAUCGAGAUUGACUCCCUCUUCGACGGCGAGGACUUCAACGCCCAGAUCACCCGUGCUCGUUUCGAAGACCUGAACGCCAAGGCAUUCAACGGCACCCUCGAGCCUGUCCAGCAGGUCCUUAAGGAUGCCAACAUCGAAAAGUCCAAGGUCGACGAGAUCGUCCUUGUCGGUGGUUCUACCCGUAUCCCUCGCAUUCAGAAGCUCCUGAGUGACUUCUUCGAUGGCAAGAAGUUGGAGAAGAGCAUUAACCCUGACGAGGCUGUCGCCUACGGUGCUGCCGUCCAAGCCGGUAUCCUCUCUGGCAAGGCCACUUCAGCUGAAACUGCCGAUCUCCUUCUGCUCGAUGUCGUCCCUCUGUCCCUUGGUGUCGCCAUGGAGGGUAACAUCUUUGCUCCUGUCGUCCCACGUGGUAACACUGUGCCAUGUCUCAAGAAGAGAACUUUCACUACCGUCGUAGACAACCAACAAACUGUUCAGUUCCCCGUCUUCCAGGGUGAGAGAUCUUCGUGCGCUGACAACACCUCUCUCGGCGAAUUCACUCUGGCUCCAAUCCCCCCUGCCCGUGCUGGCGAGCCGGUUCUCGAGGUCGUCUUCGAAGUCGAUGUCAACGGUAUCCUCAAGGUUACUGCCACCGAGAAAUCUUCUGGCCGAACUGCCAACAUCACCAUCUCCAAUGCUGUCGGCAAAUUGUCAAGUUCGGAGAUUGAAAAAAUGGUUCAGGAGGCUGCGGAGUUCAAGACUAGCGACGAGGCUUUCACCAAGAAAUUCGAGGCCAAGCAGCAGCUCGAGUCUUACAUUGGCCGUGUCGAGGAAUUGAUCUCCGAUCCCGGUUUGUCCAUGAAGAUGAAGCGUGGCAACAAGGCCAAGAUUGAGGAGGCUCUUUCCGACGCCAUGCAGCAGCUCGAGGUCGAGGAUUCGAGCCCCGAUGACCUCAAGAAGAAGGAGUUGGCCCUCAAGAGAGCCAUGACCAAGGCCAUGGCCACCCGAUAGAGAAAAGCGGAUCUUCUGCUUCCCUUUUCGUCUAGUCAUCUUGUAUUCUUCUACACCUCGCCAACACACACACCCCCAAAAUUUCGACCGCUAGCCGCUUCCUUUUGCGAACUUCCAUCUCACACCGCUUUACGAAAACCGUGCAUUGCAAUCUUUUUUUUUUUUGCAGACUUGUGGCUAGGGCGUCUGUAUCUAGGACAUCUAUCUAGCUGAAAGCUAGCUAGCUGUUUUUGGAGGAGUCUCUUCUUUGCCAUCUCUCGGUCGGUUUCAGGACGGCUUGCAGACAACUUUGCCACAAAAAAAAAGAAAAGAUCGACUGGGGACAAGGGGAAAAAAGUUGUCAAUCCAUUGUCAGAUAGAGUAGUAGCGGGCGCCGGGGGAGAGGGGAGGAGGAGUCUUUUCCUUCUUCGCCCCCCUCGAUGCCCCCGCGAGAGAAAAGUCAAGCCAGAAUGAUACGAAGUUU